UGAAAAUAUAUGCAAGAUAUACAUGGCUUAACAAGUGAUCACGCGCCACGCUCUAAAUGUCAUAACACACACAUGUUGCUACUUGUAGUGUUUAUACUGCCGAAAAAAGAUUCAUAGUGUACGGUGAUAGAGAAGUUGAAUAAACGUUAAGGGAUAUACAACAGUUAAGAGUGGAUAUGUACUUUUUCUAUUUUGAUAAUCAACAACAGUUAAAAAGAACAUGCCAACAAAAAUUAUGAACAACUUUAGUUUAUAAACAUUUGAGCAGUUGAGCGUGAAGACAUGACAAAUACAACAAUGGCGGCAGCAACAACUUCCGGCGGAAUGAAUAUUGCGGGAGAUAUUCCUACGCUAGAGGCCAUGAACAAUGCGGAAGUUGAAAAACUUAUACCUACAAUUGUGUUCCUAAUGAUAGUGUGUGUCAUUGGAGUAGUUGGAAACAUUUUAGUUAUCCACGUGUACAGAACAAGGUUUAAAAUGUCAAAUUCGAAAUGUUUCAUUUUGUGUCUAAGUGCGGUAGACUUGUUGACAUGCUGCAUUGCGAUUCCUCUAGAGGUAUCUACUAUACUUGAACAAUAUACAUUUGAACAUCUGUGGUUAUGUAAAACUUCGCGAGUGUUUAACACAUUGGGGACAAUAUCUUCUUCCUUCAUUUUGUUGUUUAUUGCAGUCGACAGAUUCAGAAAAGUGUGUAAACCAUUCGGCUGGCAAAUCAAAACGACUGUCGCAAAAUUGCUCUGCGGACUGGCUUUAUUUUGUGGAAUUAUGGUAUCAUGGCCCGCCAUCUUUAUUUAUGGUAAACAUACGUUCGAUAUCCCAGAAUACAAUAUGACCGGAACUGAAUGCUCAACAGCAGACGGGAUGAUUGAUACGAAAUUUCCGUUCUUUUACGCGCUUGUUUUUGGAUUUAUGUUCACCGCAGGUAUAAUUGCGAUGUCGAUUUUGUACUGUUUCAUAGGUCACAAAGUUCGAAAGCAUACUCGUAAAAUGAAAGAAGUUUUGGGUAGGAAUAUGUCAAUACCUAUGACGUCAUCAAUAAUAGAUACACGUGAUUCAAAAGUAGUCGGUGAAAUAGACGCUGAUGCUAUGGCAAAAUAUGACAUUGCUAACAACAAAAAUGAACAAAUACGGAAAAAGAGAAGCACCAAGAAAAAGAAACAAGAGACCGAUGACUCGUGGACUGACAAGAAAGAUUAUGAGCUGUCCUAUACGUUCAGUCAGGAAAGCCGGGAGAAAGAAAAGAGUCAAGAGAAUUUGAAUAACAUUGACGAGUUAGAAAAUGACUUUCACGAAAAGAAAGAGGACCAAAACUCUGAUUCGGAAGACAGUGGAAUUAAAACAAAGGAAGAAGCAGAAACAGACGAAAAAACACAGAAAGAAAUUAAAAAUGGCGAUAUAGAGGUAAAGUACAGCAAAAAAGGUGAAAUAUCGUUCCAGAAUGUGGAACCUGCAGAUAUUAAAGCGGAUGUGUCGCCAACAUCAAGUGAAGAAAUUUUACCGAAACAGAAAGGCGUUUUCCGUCGGGUAUCUUCAAUUAGCAACCGGAUUUCUAACGCCUUUUUGCGAAUGGCUUCAGUAGCAAGUGUACGCUCUAGCUCCGACCCAGGGACGUUGAAACGGACACAGUUCCUUAAACAAGCGCGUGCAAGGAAAACAGCUUUUCUUAUGUUCGUUGUCACAUUAGGGUUCAUUCUUAGUUUUCUUCCACACCUUCUAUUAAUGCUAAUAAGACAGAUGAAAACUGAUUUUGUCGACGGAAUGUCAGACACAAACAAGGCGGUGUAUAAAUUCUUUCUGAGAUCUUACUUUUUGAAUAGUGCUAUAAACCCUGUUAUAUACAGCAUCUGUGAUUCGCGAUUCAAGUCCGCUUGUAAAGAAAUAUUUGGACACUGUUUUGGUGGAAGUGGAUCACGCAACAUAAAAGUAUAGGUUGACAAACUUGCUGGAAAAACAAGUCUUCCUUUGUUUUAAAAAUAUAUUAUUCUACUUAAUGCUGUUGUACAUAAAACUAGAGCUUUUAAGAAAUAAAUAAUUAUUUCAUCUUUGA